GUAUAAUGGAAUCUUCCAAAGACUUUGAAUGAGCUAUUUGUAUGGAAAUAAUGGUGUUCCCUUCCAAGACAAAGUGAGGCCACCUCUUCUGAGAGCAAUGUAUUACAGAUUACAUUGAAAAAUAGCCCCAUCAAGCAAUGUCCUAUGUGAAGAACUGUCUUGGCGGGUCAUUUUGUCCCAAAAGUUCAGAAUGAGGUCUGGGAUGAGAUAAAAGAGCUUUUUCCAGAAGAAGUUAAAGAACGGAUUAAAGUGGUCAAUGAAAUUAAAAAGAAAAACGCUAAUAUGGUAAAAAUCACUGUGAAAUACGGAAAUACUCAUAAAUUGUUGAAGAAGUUCCACACUCUCAAAAGUGGGAAUGCCAACAAGCACAGAUGGUCCUGAUAUGUACGAAUUGAUGACCGAAAUAUUCAAUCUGAGAAGUUAAUAAAGUCUGUUGAAUUUGAGCUAGAUGAAACAUUUCCUACAAACCUUAUCACCAGAAAAUCAGCUCCUUAUGAAUUCCAAAUGACUGGAUGGGGUGUCUUUGACAUCCCUAUCAAGAUCACUUGGCAACAUUGGCUAAAAAUGGGCCCAACAGAGGUAACCUACCCUCUUUCCUUCGAAGGGACUGGGAGACAGAGGUCAUUUAUCAUAAAAAUCCCAAAAGAUGCUCUUGCCAAGAAUACGGAUGCAAAAGGAAAACUGACGGCUAUCGAAAGGUUGAUCAGAAAAAGGAAGGCGAUCUAA